AGUGUAUAGAGUUGAUUUUAUCUUCAAAUAUACACUCAGUAACAAUAAUAAAAUAAGUAAAUAAUAUACUCAAAUGUAAAAUAUGAUGAAUUCCGAGUUAAAGCUGAAAUUUCUGCAACAUUCAAUUUUUCAAAAGAUAACAAAAAUCUUGAGUUGAAUGCCACAUUUCAAAUGCAUUUGAGAUUUUCAAUCAUAGUUUGGUUAAAGAGAGAGUUGAAUAGCAUUUUGUGUUUUGACAUUGUGGUGCACGAGGUGAACAUAACCUCAAAGUAGAAGUUUGAAUAUCGAGCAUACUUAACACAUUUUUCAAAAUUAUGGCAGGAUUGAAUAAAAACAAAUUUCCAGAUUUGAAAAAAAUGAUAAAGGAGGAACCUGGUACACAUGUACGAUUACAAUCAUUGAAACUACCUCGUGAGUUAAAUCUUGGAGCUCCUAAACAAACCAAAAAAGUAUUUGUGCCCAAUUUGAAUGUAAAAAGAAAUAAGGAUAAAGCAAAAGAAUUCAAUAAGAAAGAUGAAAGAGGCAAAGAGCGCGUUAAAGAAAAGAAAGAAAAGCAUCGUGAUAAUUCCUCCAAAUAUGUUCAAUCAUCUGGAGUGUUUUCUGAAGGAGUGGGAAGUGAUGUUCGCACAAAUAGGUGGACAGGAAGCCGGAGCGAUAAAGAAAAUGACAAUGCUCCAAUUAUAUCCAUGCCCACUAUAAAAAAGAACUCGUUCCAGGUUGACAAGAAAACAGAAGAUAAUGUUUUCAAUAAAAUUACUGGCUGUGAUGAAGAAAGUGAUGAUGAAAAACUGCCUUUUAAACCUAUUUUUUGGCAAAAUCAACUGAAAAAAUCAUCCUUAAUCAAGAAUGAAAACUCAAUUAAAGUUGAACAAAACAACUUAUCUGAAAAAACACUAACACCUAUUUUAAAAAAAAUCAAACUGGAACCUGAACAAUUAUUAUCAAAUGAGUUUAUCAAGGAAGAACAUCUGAACACUGAGCAUCCUUCAAUGUCUUUAUGGGCUAUGCCUCCAUCAUUCGCUGGGAAAGGAUUGAGUGAUGAUCCAAAUUGUAAAAAAAUAUUCGAUUUUUGUCUUAGAGAUAUGCAAGAAGGACAGAUAGGUAAAAUUUUGGUCAGGAAAUCUGGGAAGGUCGAAGUACACAUAGGCAAAAUGGCAUAUGAACUAGAACCAGAAGAAUAUAUACCUUAUAAAGAGGAUAUUAUUUCUUUGAAUCAUAUGAAUAAGGGUAAACCGAAAGCAGCUGUUUUAGGUAAUGUGAAAAAUCGAUACUCCUUGAUACCUCAUUGGGAUAGACUGCUGCCUUAAUUCUGCCUUCUACUACUGCCUUUGGAUUUUGUGAUGCAAGAUCUCUGAAAUGUAUUUGCGUUACUGAAAUGUGAUAUGAAUUUAUACUGAUGUUAAAUAAAACCAUUCCUGCUUUAUCGA